CAGUGUAGGUUCCGAGUCCGACACACUAAAGGUCCGUUGCCAUCUCCAUCACCUCUCCGCUCUCCUCCCGCAAUGCUCAGCAGAAUACGGACACAGUUGUGCCGUGUGCACUAAAUUGCACGUAAAAGAAUUGCGCUUUUACCCCUUCUGACAGCGUUAAAUCGGGAUCCCAUAUCAAACAGAAAUCUAGAAACGGCGUUAGAAACGGCGUUCUGUAUGUUUAGCUCUAACAUUUCUAUCUCUACAGCGUUCUAUAUUUGCAGCUCUAACAUUUCUAUCUGUAUGCGCCCCAAAUCCAUUUCCUCCCAUAGAGGUACGAAAAUAUUUCGACGGAAGGUAUUUCCCCGUUUUCUCCGGGAUACAUCGAUUACUUCCGUGUCAAGCAGGAUCUCAAUUCCUAAAGUCUGUGAUGUCUCAAUCUGUUUAGGAAAGGUAUAGCCCAAUGUGUAACCCAUGGAGAGAGGGUGUAACCACCAUGAACCUUUGGAUCUUUCUGCUCUGUACAGAGAACACAUAGAGACAAGUUCAUAAAAACAACUUGCUCCAUCUUCUGGAAAUGUGUUUUUGUUAAGGAUCCCUUUGGCUGAUUGUAAAAAGAAGCAUCUUGGCGGAACACUAUGCUGAACCAGUGGCUGCAUUUAUGCCCUGUUCUAAGCACUUUGCUUGUCGUACUACAGUCUGAACGGUGACUUCUGCAGCUCACCUAAAAACAUGUUUGCACUUGUAAAAAAGGCAUUAUGUCUUUGUGUCAGCCUCAAGAGGUCAUAUAAUGCUGGCAUGUUUUCAUAUUUUUCUCCGGGACUAGAAAAGCCUCCUGGACAUUGUGUCACAUUCCCCAGGCAAUAUUGCUCAGAGACUGGCAAGGACACGGUAGAUAUGGCAUUGUUUCCUGUUGAAAACAUUAGAAAUUUCAGCAUAAUAGCUCAUGUAGACCAUGGGAAAAGUACUCUGGCAGACAGGCUGCUGGAGAUAACAGGAACAAUUGCCAAAGCUGACCAUAAUAAGCAGGUGCUGGAUAAAUUGCAAGUGGAACGGGAAAGAGGAAUCACUGUUAAAGCCCAGACUGCCUCUCUCAUUUAUAAUCACAAAGGAACAAAUUAUCUCUUAAAUCUCAUUGAUACGCCUGGCCAUGUAGAUUUUAGUUAUGAAGUAUCACGAUCAUUGUCUGCUUGUCAAGGUGUCUUGCUUGUAGUGGAUGCAAAUGAGGGUAUUCAAGCUCAAACGGUUGCAAACUUUUAUCUUGCCUUUGAAGCACAACUAUCAAUAAUUCCUGUUAUAAAUAAGAUUGAUCUAAAGAAUGCAGAUCCUGAGAGAGUAGAAAAUCAAAUUGAAACAGUAUUUGAUAUCCCCAAAGGAGACUGUAUUAGGAUUUCUGCUAAACUGGGAACAAAUGUUGAAAGAAUACUUCAGGAAGUUAUCGAAAGAAUCCCUUCGCCCAGUGCUAGCACACGUGACCCAUUGAAGGCUUUGGUGUUCGACUCCACCUUUGAUCAUUACAGGGGUGUGAUUGCCAACAUAGCAUUGUUUGGUGGAGAGGUUCAUAAAGGCCAUAGGAUAACAUCAGCUCAUACUAAAAAGGUUUAUGCAGUUAAUGAAGUGGGAAUUCUGACACCCAAUGAGCAGCCAACACAUAAAUUAUAUGCUGGCCAGGUUGGCUAUCUCAUUGCUGGAAUGAAAGAAGUCACGGAAGCCCAAAUAGGAGAUACAAUCUAUUUGCAUAACCAACCAGUGGAGCCAUUGCCUGGGUUUAAAUCAGCAAAACCAAUGGUCUUUGCAGGAAUGUAUCCAGUAGACCAGUCGGAAUAUAGUAACCUGAAAAGUGCUGUAGAGAAACUGACCCUUAAUGACUCCAGUGUUACUGUUCACCGCGAUACUAGCCUUGCCUUAGGAGCUGGAUGGAGGUUGGGCUUUCUUGGCCUUUUACAUAUGGAAGUUUUUAAUCAGCGUUUGGAGCAAGAAUACAAUGCAUCUGUCAUUUUGACAGCGCCCACCGUGCCCUAUAAGGCUGUUCUUUCAUCAGCAAAGUUGAUAAAGGAAUAUGGGCAAGAGGAGAUCACCAUAAUUAAUCCUGCUGAGUUUCCUGAUAAGUCAACAGUGGUGGAAUAUUUGGAACCUACUAUUUUGGGCACCAUCAUAGCACCAGAUGAAUAUAUUGGGAAAAUAAUAAGCGUCUGCCAGACCCGAAGGGCUAUUCAGAAGGACCUGGUGUACAUUGAUGACCACAGAGUCAUGAUGAAAUAUUUCUUUCCACUGAAUGAAAUUGUAGUAGACUUCUACGAUGCUCUGAAAUCCCUCUCCUCUGGAUAUGCCAGUUUUGACUAUGAAGAUGCAGGAUACCAAGCUGCAGAUCUUAUCAAAAUGGAUAUUCUUUUAAAUGGAAAUGUUGUAGAAGAGCUGGUAACUAUUGUUCAUAAGGACAAAGCAUACACAGUUGCUAAGGCUAUGUGUGAACGAUUAAAAGAUGUUAUUCCAAGACAACUAUUUGAGAUAGCUAUCCAGGCAGCUGUUGGAAGCAAAAUAAUUGCGAGAGAAACAGUGAAAGCUUAUAGAAAAAACGUCCUGGCAAAAUGUUAUGGAGGAGAUAUUACACGGAAAAUGAAGCUAUUGAAGAGGCAAGCAGAAGGAAAGAGGAAGUUGAGAAAAAUUGGGAAUGUGGAAGUACCAAAGGAUGCAUUCAUCAGUGUCCUAAAGAGACAGCCUGACAAGUAGUUGGAAGUAACUGUUUGACAGACUAGUGCUGUUUACAAGGUGGGCAUCCUGCCUUGAAUGUAAUCUAUGUGAAUAUAUACAGCUCAAGACUAUGAAGUUUUAUGAAUGUAAAUAUACACUUUUGAGAAGAAGUCUACUUAUAAGAACAUUUACAAAUGAUAAUAGGUGGCUAGAAAGCCCAUGACUGUUCAAUAAAAUAUUCUGGCUGAUUGUGAUGGCAUAAUGAUAACAUAACACAACAUCUUUUAUUACAU